UCGGGCGCAGGGCGAGAGUGGGCGACCUCAUAUAGCUUGCGCGGGAGGCGUUUCCUUUAUUUGUUGAUUGUUCGUGGCGUGAUUGUGUCGUGCUGGACAUCAUGCGAACAUUACUGAUAUGUAUGCUGUGUGCAGUCACAGCUUAUGCUCAAUUUGAUUCGCCUACGCCGCCAAGAAUCCAAAUUCCUGGUGCCAUCUUGGGUGGAGGAAGACAGGGAGUGCUUCGACAAGGAAGACUGCAAGCUGCUCCAGUUCCGCUGGGUGUUACUAGAAUAAGGAGGCCAGGGCUUGCCAGGCCAUCUUUCAAGUCUGUGGACGCAGCGCCGCGCCCUAAUCUACAGUUACUCGAAGAAAUAUCCAAACCAGUUACAGAAGAACCUGAAGACGAUUACGAUACCAACACACCCACCGCCUUCUUACCCAGUGCAUUCUCGACACCUGAAGCACAAAAUGACUUUUUCGACCUGACAACUACGUCACAACCAAAGCCACCCUCAGCGUACAACUCGUCGCCUUUCCAACAAACGACGCCAACAGCUCCAAAGCCCGAGCCAGUAAGACCUACCCAAUAUCGGCCACUGGUACCUCAAUCCUUUAGCCCCGUAAGAAACGAACCGGCUUCGAGACCUCAACCAGCUAGGCUUCAACCUCUUUCGAGCAGGCCGCAACGCCCUGUCUUCAGACCCGAACCAAAACCUUUCGUGGACGAAGACGAUGAAUACAUUCAACCCGUAAGACAAAACACCCGACAGCAAACACCUCCAAAGAGUGUUCCAAAAUAUACGCCUGCAAACUCUAGGGAAAAGAAGCCAGUCUCUCAAAUUAUUCGCAAAUAUAGAGAAGAAAACGAAGAUGGAAGCAUUACUUGGGGAUUUGAAAACGACGAUGGAACAUUCAAAGAAGAAACUAUUGGUGUAGACUGUAUAACUCGUGGAAACUACGGAUACAUUGAUCCAGAUGGUGUCAAAAGGGAAUACAAUUACGAAACUGGGAUAGCGUGUGAUAAAACUAAAGAAGAAAAGGAACAAAAAGGAUUCAUAGACUAUCAAGAAAACAAAGCAGUUUUACCAAAUGGUGUAACAAUAGAUCUCAAUGCAAUGGGUAAAAAGUCAAAGAGGCCAUUCAGAUCAGCGGGUAAUCUAUAGGAAUUAAGUGCACAUAAUAUAUAUUUAUUUUAGGAGCUCUAAUUUUAAGACCUUUAUUUGUUCUGUUAUUUACUGUAAUUUAGCACCAUAUUUUGAUACAAUAUGGUUCUAAAACAGCCUAAACCGACAAAUAAAAUGGUAAAAACUUA